CGCACGUCCAGCUGACUCUACGCGGGCGGAAGCUGAGGCUGCUGCGUCCAGGUUUGCAGUCGCGAUGAGGUUCCGGUUCUGUGGCGACCUUGACUGUCCCGACUGGGUCCUGGCAGAGAUCAGCACACUAGCCAAGCUUUCCUCGGUGAAGCUGCGGCUGCUGUGUGGCCAGGUGCUGAAGGAGCUCCUGGGUCAGGAGAUUGACUAUGAGAAGAUCCUGAAACUCACUGCUGAUGCCAAGUUUGAGUCAGGCGACGUGAAGGCCACCGUGGCAGUGUUGAGCUUCAUCCUGUCCAGCGCAGCCAAGCACAGUGUGGACAGCGAGUCCCUGUCCAGUGAAUUGCAGCAGCUGGGGUUGCCCAAAGAGCAUGCGGCCACCCUGUGCCGUUGCUAUGAGGAGAAGCAGAGUCCCCUGCAGGAGCAGCUACGGGCCUGCAGCCUGCGUGUGAACAGGUUGGUGGGCGUGGGCUGGCGGGUGGACUACACCCUCAGCUCCAGCCUGCUGAGCUCGGUGGAGGAGCCUGUGGUACAGCUGCGGCUGGAGGUGGCACAGACGCCGGGGGCAACGGCCGAGCCUCUGGUCUUGACCCUGUCAGCAGACAAGUUCCAGGUGCUGCUGGCAGAGUUGAAGCAGGCCCACACCCUUAUGAGUUCCUUGGGCUGAGGACACAGCUGGGUCGAGGGCCUCUGUCCAUCACCAGUGGCCACAAGCCCAGGCUGGGGCAGACAGGACCGCGAUGGAGCUGCAUGUCUGAGACGGCCCCUGAGGACAUUGGGGUCCUCCAGGACAGAUGGGGUCCUGCUCUCUCCAUCCUCUGUAGGGCGACAGCAGGACCUGUUUGGGCAUGCUCAGCAGUGAUGGGAGCCACGCUAGGGGUCUUGGCAUGCCCCAAGACUGCCAGCACCCAGGCUUGAACUCACAACCUCCAGUACUGUGAGCAAUAAAUGUCCCUUCGUUUCAGCCACCCAGGCCAGGGUCCAGCUGC